CCACGACGAUGGCACAACGAUUGUUGGCGCUGCUGGCGUUGCCUGUGGUCGCCGUGUUGGCGCAUGGCGACCACAUGCCCGAGGAAGAGGUCGCCGAGGCGGCCACAACGUGUGGCGCGAUCAACGACUCGUCCGAGUACGACCAAUCGAUCCACAUCGCCGCCAUCUUUGUCGUGUUUGGUGUGUCGAUCGUCGGCAGCAUGGUGCCUGUCCUGAGCUCGUACUUGUCAUGCCUGAAAAGCAGCCGCACGGUGCUGUCGCUGCUCAACUCGUUCGGGUUUGGCGUUGUUAUCGCGACCGCUUUCAUCCACAUGAUCCCUCCCGCCGUCGACACAUUGAACGAUCCGUGCUUGGAUGUCGGGUACAGCGGACUCGCCAUGGCCCUUGUCGUGGCGACGGUAUUCACGAUGCAAGCGCUGGAAACGGAGCUCGUCUUGCUCUUGGAUUCGCCGCCGUCGAAUGGCCAAGUCGAUCGCGAGAGUGGUUUGGCUGUGCUCAAGUCGCGCCAGAGCCGCGGGUCGACUCCGAGUAUGCUCGGCGUUCAUCUAAACGACAACGACCAGCACAAUCAUCAUCAUCAUCACCAUCAUGCCCACUCGUCCGGCGGCUCGAAUGGCAACAUGCGGAAAAAGAUCAACGUGCUCAUCUUUGAAAUCGGCGUCGCGAUUCACUCGGUCAUUAUCGGACUCAACUUGGGCGUUGCGACCGGCCCGUCGUUCUCGACGCUCUUGGUGGCGAUUUCGUUCCACCAGUUUUUUGAAGGCGUCGCGGUCGGGUCGUCCGCCGUGACGGCGUUUUCGAACAUCCGCACGUCGAUCAUGACCGCGAUCGGGUUUUCGUUCACGACGCCCCUUGGUAUUGCCCUCGGCGUUGCCAUCAACAGCACGUACAGCGAAACGUCGACGACGUCGUUGUGGACCCGCGGCGUGCUCGACGCGAUCGCGGGCGGCAUCUUGGUGUACACAGGGAUCGUCGAACUACUCACGUACCAGUACACGAUCAACAGCGAGUUCCAUAGCAAGUCGGGGGGGUUGCGAUCGCUCCACUACUUGUUCCUGUGGCUCGGGGCCGCUGCCAUGGCCAUCGUCGGCUACUGGGCGUGA